CGCCCAAUUGGAUCGUGACGCUGACAGUAGGACAGGCCGGAGCGCACGCCACAUAUUACCACAAAGCCAGCGACCAGUUGCAGGUGGGGGUGGAAUUCGAAGCCAGCACCCGCAUGCAAGACACCAGCGCGACCUUCGGGUACCAGCUGGAUCUCCCCAAAGCCAACCUCCUUUUCAAAG